CGUGCUGGUUGUGAGAGAUUUGAGGCGCUCUGACGGCUGUUUUUUUGUUUUGCUCUUUUGGAAAGUUUGAAUUUAUGUAGGCCUGUUGGCUGUAGCACGUUCCUUUAAAUUUUGACGCUUUAUCAUUUAGGGUAUUCGUCUAAGCAAUAGCGUUAUUGUGCAUAUUGUGGGUUACUUUGCUUGUUGCGGGUUCUGCUUGAUGUUGACUGUAUACCUUGACGCGUUAAAAUUAUCUUUCUAUAUCAACUGGAUUUCAUUUACAAUUCGUGCCUGGAUGACCAUACAUCUUGCUGAAACCCCGAUGAUUCCACCAUUCAUGCAGCCAAUGCAAUCCUUUUUGUGUCCCAGGCGUCAGCACAACAGACCGUGUCAUGUCCACCAAAACGAAGAACCAAGGACCGACGCAGGUUCUUCCACAAGACGCAUCGCUGACUGCUCUUAACGAGAAUUUAGCGAAGCCCCCGCCGCUGGACAACUCCACUCGCAUCUGGACAUCCCUCAUUGCGGGCGCUACGGCGGGGGCGCUCGCCAAAACCAGUAUUGCUCCGUUGGACAGAACGAAAAUCAAUUUUCAGACAUCAGCGAGUCGGUUUUCUAUGAAAGAAGGGGCCAGAUAUUUAAAAGAGCGCUUCAAGCAUGAAGGCUUCCUCAGUCUGUGGAGAGGCAAUUCAGCAACCAUGGUUCGUGUUAUCCCCUAUGCCGCUAUCCAGUUUGCUUCGCAUGAGCAGUGGAAGCAUGUGCUCAAGGUGGAUGAUAUUAGAAUAUAUUCUCCCGGAAAACGUUUCGUAGCCGGAUCCUUAGCCGGAGUAACGGCCUCCUCCUUGACGUAUCCCCUUGAUUUAGCCCGUGCCCGUAUGGCGGUAACGGAGAAAGCCCGUUACGCUACCAUCUUCUCCGUCUUCAAAAAUUUGCUCAAAGAAGAAGGCUGGAUAGCACUUUAUCGGGGAUUUACUCCCACACUUUUGGGUGUUAUACCAUACGCCGGUGCCAGUUUCUUUACGUUUGAGACGCUCAAACGCAAGCAUCAGGAGCGUUACGAGCGUCCGGCAGCGGCUUACGAAAAGAUGCUAUUUGGGGCGUGCGCAGGCGCAGUGGGGCAGACCUCCUCGUAUCCCUUUGAUAUUGUGCGCAGGCGCAUGCAGACUGCCGUCGAUCGGCAAUUCCCCAAGUUGGGAACGUUUGAAGCGCUGGUGAAGAUCGCACGGGAAGAAGGCAUCAAGAAUGGGCUUUUUAAAGGCUUAACUCUAAACUGGGUGAAGGGGCCGAUUGCGGUGGGUGUUAGUUUUACUAGUUUUGAUUUAUUUCAGUCGUUGCUCCGACGACUGCAUCGUGAAAGAAGUGUGGCGCGGUGAGUGGAUUGUUUGUGUCUAACUUAUUGUGAUUUAUGUAAAAUUUUGUUCUUUGUGAUUAACGCAUGUUUCAAACACAGAAAUUUUAUUGGUUUGUGAUGUUGACCGCAAUCAUUAAAAGAAAGGCGUAUAAAUUACAGAUAAUCUUUGA